UUGCUGUCUUCUUUCCCGCGCAGUUCGUAUUGGCGCUGCUAUCAGGAGGUUACUUGUGUAAUUUGUCAGCCGCAUUUCAUUUUCAGGUUUCUUGUCCAACCCGGAAAAUACAUAAUUAUACAAGCUCUGUUUCAUACGGAGUGUAAGCGCGUCGGAGAUAGAAGAUGUCUUACGAGUAUGACCAGGCUAGUUUACCCGAUCUGCUCCCGCUGUAUUAUCGCCGUCUUUUCCCGUUUUCACAGUACUUUCGCUGGCUUAAUUAUGGAGGUGUAACAAAGAAUUAUUUCCAGAACCGCGAGUUUUCCUUCACCCUGAAAGACGACAUCUACGUGCGGUACCAGUGCUUCAACAAUCAGAGCGAACUGGAGAAAGAGAUGCAGAAAAUGAACCCCUACAAGAUCGACAUCGGCGCCGUGUACUCGCACAGGCCGAGUCAACACAACACAGUGAAAUCCGGGACCUUCCAGGCACUGGAGAAAGAGCUGGUCUUUGAUAUCGACAUGACGGAUUACGACGACGUUAGAAACUGCUGCAGCGCUGCCGAGAUCUGUUCCAAAUGCUGGACGCUGAUGACCAUAGCCAUUCGUAUUCUGGACCGAGCGCUGAAAGAGGAUUUUGGCUUCAAGCACCGUCUGUGGGUUUACUCGGGCAGGCGAGGUGUCCAUUGCUGGGUCUGUGACGAAGCAGCCAGAAAACUCACCCAGUCUGCCCGCGCUGCCGUGGUAGAGUAUCUCAGCGCCGUGAAGGGUGGUGAAGAAGCCAUUAAAAAGGUGCAGCUGUCAGACCCCAUACAUCCCUUUAUCAAGGAAUCAUUGAAGGUGUUGCAGCUUUACUUUGAGGACUAUGCCUUGGUCAACCAGGACAUCCUCGGAAGCAAAGAAUCAAUUGACAAGGUCCUGGCUCUACUGCCUGAAGAGGUCAGAGACUUGCUGCAGAACGAUUUCCUGAAAGUCAAAACUGCGGCCCAGCGCUGGGAAUGUUUGAAGAAAAGGGUGCUCCAAAUGCAGGGAGCUCUAAAGAAAGGGAUUUAUGGAGACUGGGACAUCAUGUUUCAGUAUUGCUACCCUCGUCUGGAUACUAACGUCAGCAAAGGCGUUAACCACCUGCUGAAGAGCCCUUUUAGUGUGCACCCCAAAACAGGACGUGUUUCUGUGCCAAUUGAUCUGAAUCUGCUGGACCAGUUCGAUCCCUUUGCAGUGCCCACGAUCAGCUUGAUCUGCCAGGAGCUGGACAAGGCCUUGGAAGGGGAUGAAGAAGCGAAUGACAAAGAGAACGAGGGAGAGCCGGAGCAGAAACGACGCGUCCGAGACUACAAGAAGACAAGCCUGGCAAAGUACGUGAAGGUUUUCGAGCAGUUUGUGGAGAAUAUGGAGCAGUCUUGGAAAGGAGAGCUUCUGAAAAAAAGUGAUCAGCAAAAGGACUUCUAAAUACACAAAUUCAAGGAAACAGAAAGCUGUAAAAGAUGCACUAUAUCAGAAGAAUUCAUUAUGCAGUGGCUUUGUCUUCUACAGCAGUGUUGUGCUGCUGUAGCCAGGAAUCAGAGUUAUAGUACAGAGGUGGUUUCCACCCUGAAGGUUGAGUGUAUCUGAAACUAGUUACACCAGGAUGCCUUGUGUAUUGUGUUUCAUUUAGAUCGCCAAAAAGUGGUUUGUAAAGAACGUUUUCUUCACCACAGAAUAAUAAGAUAUUAUUAUUAUUAUUAUUAUUAUUUGUUUAUUUAGCAGACGCCUUUAUCCAAGGCGACUUACAGAGACUAGGGUGUGUGAACUAUGCAUCAGCUGCAGAGUCACUUACAACUACGUCUCACCCGAAAGACGGAGCACAAGGAGGUUAAGUGACUUGCUCAGGGUCACACAAGGAGUCAGUGGGUGAGGUGGGAUUUGAACCGGGGACCUCCUGGUUGCAAGCCCUUUUCUUUAACCACUGGACCACACAGCCUCCUAUUGCAGAUUCUAGUGUUUCCCAUCUGUGCCAGGUGCUUUGUACAAAUUGAUUUAAUGCAGGGACCCUGUGUUUCAUUUUUAAAUACAAGUUUGUACUCUGUCGCUGGAAAAUAAGUUGUGCACUGCUAUAAUUAAAAGUGUAAUAAAAUUAAUUUUAUACGACAAUAAUAUCUCAUUGUUUCAUUAACACACUGUACAUUUAGGGGCAAGUGGUUUGUUGCGUUUUUAAACUUUUGCAGUGUUGCAUUUGUGAACAGCGACGUCUCUGAAGGUAAAGAGAAUGGCUUGCACAAGCAGCAGUAAUGUGGACUUCCCUGCAGUGUCCCGUCAGCCUCCCGUCAAGCUGGGACACACGUCUCCAUACUGUGUAUCUAUUUCUAUAAUGGCCACAUUUGUGCUGAAAUGUGGGAUUUUUUUUAAAUGUGGAUUACACUACUGUUUACUGAAGGCUGCUUAUUGAGAAACAGAUUUUAUUUUUAAACCCUGGUCUCAGGGCUGACUGACAGGCUUGUGUUUUUAAAGUUUUAUAUUUGUGUUAUUAGGAGGACAUAGCUGCCAGUGACCAAUAGGUGGCACUGUUCAGUAGCCAUGGUUCUUUCCAUCUUCUGAAAAGCAUUGACAGAAGUAGCGGUAUGUUCAGUUUACAAUACAGUAAGCCUCCCUCCAAAAUUAUGAAGCAUGUUUUAAAUUAAAAAUGUUACUCAACUGGCUAUAUAGUUGCCAGUGCAUGCAACUGAAUGAUUGAAUAAUUUGUGGUAUUUAUUAGUUUGUAAACUGUAAUUAUACUAAAAUGUAUUCUAGUAUAAAAGUCUACUUUUCUACAUGCUUCCAUAGUUUAGCUAUUCUGUGUGCUCAGAAAGCAGCCCUUAUUCACCAGCCAGUUUAUACACUUAGCUUUAUGGGAUUGGAAAAACUACUUCUUACUCUGAGGGUAUAACACUGGGCAGCAGUGUGGAGUAGUGGUUAGGACUCCGGGCUCUUGACCGGAGGGUCGUGGGUUCAAUCCCCAGUGGGGGACACUGCUGUUGUACCCUUGAGCAAGGUACUUUACCUAGAUUGCUCCAGUAAAAACCCAAAUGGGUAAUUGUAUGUAAAAAUAAUGUGAAAUAAUGUAUAAUGUGAUAUCUUGUAACAAUUGUAAGUCGCCCUGGGUAAGGGCGUCUGCUAAGAAAUAAAUAAUAAUAAAUUACUGUAUAUGUAUAUAUAAAAA